UCUUCGGCACCUUCGGGGCCCCGCUCCGCACUGCGCAGGGUAGCCGAUCCCGCCUCUCCGGAGCGUGGGGGCUGGGAUGCCGAACUUACCGCUCCUCGCCCUCUUUUCGACGUGCUGCUGGUGGACUUUGGGGCUGGUAAAUGGUGUUCAUCCAGAAUGCAGGUUUCAUCUGGAAAUCCUUGAGGAGGAAAUAAAGUGUCAGGAGCGGCUGAAGAAUGCCAAAAGAGUGGGUUUUAAAGGAUGUGUUGGUGUCUGGGAUAACAUUACCUGCUGGUAUCCUGCAGAAAUCGGAGAAACUGUGACAGUCCCUUGUCCAAAGAUCUUCAGCCACCUUGGCAACAAACCAGGAACUAUCAACAAAAACUGUACAAGUAAUGGUUGGUCAGAUAUAUUUCCGGAUUUCUUCUCUGCAUGUGGGUACAAAGAGGUUGAGGAUACCACGGUAUUCUAUGUUCUGGUGAAAGCAAUAUACACCCUCGGACACAGUGCGUCUCUCAUUGCUUUGACUACAGGAAGCAUUAUUCUUUGCCUUUUUAGGAAACUUCACUGCACUCGGAACUAUAUACAUUUGAAUUUGUUCCUGUCGUUCAUUCUAAGAGCAAUUUCUGUCUUAAUUAAGGAUGAAAUCCUCUUUUCCAACACUAGCCCUGAUCGCUGUGCAGAGGAUCAAUCAUCCUUGGUCGGCUGCAAGGCUAGCUUGGUAUUUUUCCAGUACUGUGUAAUGGCCAACUUUUAUUGGCUCUUAGUUGAAGGACUUUAUCUCCACAUCCUCCUCAUGGUCAUAUUCUCUCCUAACAGACACUUCACUGUAUAUCUCCUAAUUGGAUGGGGCAUCCCUACCAUUUUCAUCAUCAUGUGGAUAGUAUCCAAGGUCUAUUUAGAGGACACUGGUUGCUGGGAGAUUUCUGAAGAGAAUGUUCCUUGGUGGAUCAUAAGAGUACCAAUCCUAAUUUCCAUUUUUGUGAAUUUUAUACUUUUCAUUAGCAUUAUAAGGAUUUUGCUACAGAAGUUGAGAUCACCAGAUGUUGGUGGCAAUGACCAGUGCCAGUACAAGAGACUUGCAAAAUCAACAUUGCUUCUUAUUCCACUGUUUGGAGUCCACUACAUGAUCUUUGCUGUCUUUCCUAUUCCCAUUUCUGAUAACUACCAGAUCAUUUUUGAGCUGUGUCUGGGAUCUUUUCAGGGCCUGGUUGUUGCAGUCCUGUAUUGCUUCCUGAACAGUGAAGUACAAAGCGAAGUGAAGCGAAAGUGGUGGAGCUGGUGUUUAAACCAAAGAAUGGGCCGAGAUUACAGACUUCACAGCUCUUAUAUCUCUCGAAACGGCUCAGAAAGCAUCUCUCAGUUGCAUCGUAAUUCAGCAACCCAGUUUUCUCUGCAGACGGAAAACACAGUGAUAUGAACCACCUGGUUGCCUGCAAAGACUCUGGGACAUAUUCCUGUGUGUGUAGCUCAGUCCAUGUCAUGUUUUCUAACUUUUUAAAAUUACUUUUUAUUAUGAAAAAGUCAACAAACUGAAACAAAACUGUAAGGAGGAAAAGGGGGAAAAUGAAAAUGUGCAUAGAAAACAUGCACGUGCAAUAUGUAUGAAAAUACAGCCUUCUAAGAAUUGCACAUCAACUUCAACAAAGGCAGACCAGAUGUCCAUUGAUAUAUCCAUUCACAAUUGGGGUCUAAAUUUUCUAACUUUUUCAGCAGCCUUCCCCAACUUAGUGCCUCCCAGAUGUGUUGGGCUCCAAUUCAUGCUAAGGCAGCAGGUUGGAAAAGGCUUUUGUGGACUUUGGAACCUCUUUUGUCAACAUGUCAAAAUGCAGGGAACAUAUGAAGUAUCCCUGGAAUAUAUGAAGUGCUGUAUUUUACUGCAGUUUUAUUGGUAGUGUCCAUUUAGAAGUGUUGACCCCUGUCAAGUCUCAAAACAAUUGAGAUUUCUAUGGUUAAGAACAUAAGAAGGGUGGAUCAGAUGAAAGUGUCAAGUCAUUCAGCAUCUUGUUUCCCACAGUGGCUAAUUGGAUGUCUCUUGGAAAUCACAACAAGAGAUGGAAUCAAGAACCCUCCUUCCUUGCUGCUUGCAAAAACUGGACAAUCCAAAAGCUUGCUGUCUCGGAACCUGGAGUCUGCACAGCACCCUGCCAUGAAUAGAAAUCUGCCAAAAAGCUGUCUAAUCCCCUUUAAAGUUAUCCCAUACGGGCCGUCACAUCUUGGGCCAGUGAAUUCCAUGGUUUAUUACAUGUUGUGUGAAGACGUACUUCAUGCUAUACAGUAUCUCCAAAUUAUUCCUAGUCUGUGUCCGCCAUGCUUUUCCACCUGUCGCUUUCCCAGAGGUCAUGAUAUCAGCCCACAGUGGCUGCCACACAUCAGCCUGGACCUUAGUUGCCUUCCCCAGAGAACAGCCUCGCAAGAUGUUGGUCCAGCCCUAGCAAGCCCCAUGAAAGUGAGCUUCAAAGUGCAAAGACCGUUCUAAAACUUUGUGAAAUCAAGGAAGCUCAUGCGUAGACCUGAUAAGACUAUGGGGGGGGGCGACCCAAAAAUACCCCAAAAUUAUCUUCUGCAAGGUGGGCCAUUGUAAUACAGACUUCUCCCACUAGGUGAGUGUUCUAGGAAACCAAAGUUUUUCUAUGGAAGUUUUGAGAAGGUUGCAUCAUGAUUUGCAGAAGGAUUUACAUCCUGAGUUGUAGCAAAGAGGUGACUGGUUCUUCCACCAUGACAACCCAGCUACCCAUGUGGCACUGAGUGUCCAGCAGUUUUUGGCCAAAAAUGGCAUGACCCCUGUGCCCCACACUCCCUAUUCACCCAUUCUCACCCCAUGCGACUUUUUUUUUUUGUUUUCCCGGUUGAAAAGGGCCCUCAACAGGAGAUGUUUUGCUGAUGUGGAAGAGGUGGAACAAAAAAAACGGCACAAGCACUAAAAGGCAUCAAAAUCAACACAUUCAAACCUGUUUUGAGCAGUGGGAAAAAAGUCUCAAUAGGUGUAUUGCAUCAAACGGAGAGUACGUUGAAGGUGACUGAAAUUUGAACAUGUAAAAAUAAAAUCAUAUUUUUUUAUAAAUUCCGGGGGGCUUUUUGAGUCUCCCCUCAUACAUGGCUAAGAUGGCAGAUCUGCUGAUAUACGUGGAAGCUUGGUUUGACCAGCGGUACAGGUUGCUCUCAGAAUCUACCUUCUGCAAGAGGAAAAGUUCUGCUGGCAGAAGGUCCCUCCACCCAGUUUUGGGGACCUUGCCUCUCCCAUGCACAACAGUGCGCCUCGUCGAACGGGAUCUUCUGACUGUCUAGAUAGGCAAGGGUGGGGAAGUCUACUUCCUCCAGCCCAGUUGAUCCAACAUAAAUCUGUGGCCCAACCCAAAAUCAGUUGCAGAAUUCUAAGUGUGUUAACAAAGAAUUUGAUUGCUUUUUUUUGUAUGUGAGAAUCUUCGUUCGUAUCAUACACUGGACUAUUGUUCUUUGUGCUUGCUGUUUAGUUUCUAACCCUGUUCAUUGAUUGCUGUAUUGCAGUUUCUGUUUGCAAUUGCUUUGCCAUCAUGAUUGCAUUUUCCCCCUGAA